ACUCCUCCCGACCUCCUCAAAACCGCGGGCCGCAACCCGGCGCCGCGCCGCGCCGCCCACCGGCGGCAGCCACCGCCGCGCGAGCGACAGCUAUAUAGACCCCCCCCCCCACCCAGACGGAGCCCCGAGCAACCCGCACAAGUCAGCGCUCUCCCCCGUCCAAUGGCGUCCUCCCUCCUCACCACCCCGUCCCAGGCCCUGGUGGCCCCCGCCGCCCGCCGCCGCGGCGGCUCGACGCGGGUGUGCUUCCCGUCGGCACCCGUCCAGCUCCAGCGCCGGCUGCGGGUGCGCGCGUCGGUGGCGAUCGAGAAGGAGACGCCCGAGAGCGAGCCGCCGCCGACGUUCCUGCGGGAGGACGGCUCCGGGGCCGGGUCCGGGUCGGUGCGGGAGCGGUUCGAGGCCAUGAUCCGCCGGGUGCAGGGGGAGGUGUGCGCGGCGCUGGAGGAGGCCGACGGCAGCGGGGCGCGGUUCGUGGAGGACGUGUGGUCGCGGCCUGGAGGGGGCGGGGGCAUCAGCCGGGUUCUCCAGGACGGGCGCGUGUUCGAGAAGGCCGGGGUCAACGUCUCCGUCGUGUACGGGGUCAUGCCCCCCGACGCGUACCGCGCCGCCAAGGGGGAGGCUGAGAAGAACGGGGUGGCGCCGGAUGUCCAGAAGGCUGGGCCUGUGCCCUUCUUCGCCGCUGGCAUUAGCUCGGUUCUUCAUCCCAAGAACCCAUUUGCUCCAACAUUGCAUUUUAACUACCGCUAUUUUGAGACAGAUGCACCUAAAGAUGCUCCUGGUGCACCAAGGCAGUGGUGGUUUGGGGGUGGUACUGAUUUGACUCCUUCAUAUAUCAUUGAAGAGGAUGUGAAGCAUUUCCAUUCAGUUCAGAAGCAAGCUUGUGAUAAGUUUGAUCCAAGUUUUUACCCAAGAUUCAAAAAGUGGUGUGAUGAUUAUUUCUAUAUUAAGCACCGUAAUGAACGUCGGGGGCUUGGUGGAAUAUUUUUUGAUGAUCUCAAUGACUAUGAUCAAGAAAUGCUUCUUGGCUUUGCUACUGAAUGUGCAGAUUCUGUAGUUCCUGCAUACAUACCAAUUAUUGAACGCCGGAAGGACACUCCAUUUACUGAGGAGCACAAGGCAUGGCAACAAUUGAGGAGAGGUCGCUAUGUGGAGUUCAAUCUUGUAUAUGAUCGUGGUACCACAUUUGGCCUCAAGACUGGGGGAAGGAUCGAGAGUAUUCUGGUUUCUCUUCCACUGACUGCAAGAUGGCAAUACGAUCAUGCACCUGAAGAGGGAACUGAAGAAUGGAAACUUCUCGACGCGUGCAUAAAUCCCAAAGAGUGGCUCUGAAUAUCUCAAUAGUUGAGUUUCGUGCGUUCAAAUCAUUUGUUAGUUUUCCCCGCUCUCUGUAGUCUUACGAUCUCCAAACAUGUCUAGUUAUUUCACGUGUAGAGUCCUGAAUAACUGUAUGAUGUAAUGCGGGUGCUUUAUUUCAUCGGUCGAGGUUAUUGAGCUUUGUAACUGUGGCAUCUGUUUCUUUUUGUGAGUGAAUGAAAGGUAGCCGGUGAGCCUUUUCUUAGAGGCAACAAUUUCCUGUUUAUUUAUCGAGAUAGUCUAAUGUGUUCAGUUCUAUAAUA